AUGAAUAGUUUCAAAAAAUUGCGUAAAAUUCUUGGACAUUUAAAACCAUCAAAUAAUGAACUUUAUGUUUAUAUGCCAUUAUCAGAUAAUAAAAAUGGUUACAUAAUGGAGUAUUAUUACCAGAAAUAUUAUCAGCUAUUUUAUUAUAAAUAUAAAGAGAGUGAAUCUGGAACAUUGACAAAAUAUGACAAAGAAUGUAUUUUUUAUCAAACAGUAGCUGAUAAAACUCAAAUUGAUUUAGAGAAUCGAUGGAUGGAAUUAUUGAGAAAAAAAGAAAGAAUAGAUAUCAAAGUAGUUGAUGGAAAUGAUAACAAUGGAUUUAGUGGUGAAUAUCAAGAAUGGAAUCAAUUGAUGCAACAUAAUAAUGAUUUCUUAAUAUCAGAUUGUAUACAACGUAGAAGAUUAGACGAAGUUUUCGGAAAUCUUGAUUCUAAUCGUGAUAAUAAUGAUAAUAAUUAUUUAAAAAAUAUAGGAGUAAAACACGAAAAAUUAAAAUUUGACGAAAUUAAUAAUUCCGGUAGUGUCAAUUUUGAUAAUUCGAAAUCACCAAGUUUAUCCGCAAAUUACCAAUCUUUUACAAAAUCUUCAUCGUCACCAACAACUAAUUCACCACUGACAUAUCCAGCACUAACACCAUCAUCGCCUUCAGCACCUCCAACACACUCAUCAAUUUCACCACCAAUGUCACCACCAAUGUCACCCAAACUGCAUCCUUCUUCUACUUAUUUAAGUGAAGGAGCUUCAAAUUUGCAAAAUUUAUCUACGCCAAGUAAAAAUCGCACGAUGGAAAAUCAAGGAUCAAAAAAAAGUUAUAGAAAAUCUAAAUUCAGUAGAAAAGAACCUGAUGUGCUUGUAUAUGAUCCUGAAGACAAUUUAGUUUUUAAAGAUUGUAAAUGUGAUCAUUGUAUGUGUUUGCAUGUGACAUCGCCUGAAAUUUUUAUAUGUUCUGCGGAUCUUCCUAUUGGCUGA